AUGAAGAAAGAAGAAAUUGAAAGUCUGGUCGUAACUGGAAAGAAAGAAGGAAGGAUAGACUACGGAGAUGAAUAUAUCAACACUGGAAGUUCUUUGUGCCAGAAAGAAAAGAGAUCUGUUGAAGACCAUGGUCACCAACAUCCUGUUUGGAUGUGGUACCUAGGGAGAGAGAGAGAGAAAAUUGACGAGUGGAUUCCUUUUGUCAGAGUAGAAGACAGUGAAUCUGGCGAGCUGACGAUUAAUGGACCAAUGGCAAUCGUCUUUAGAUACCUAGCCAGAUCUCUUCAUCUUCGAUAUACCUUCAAGGAGCCUAGUGACCAGACAUGGGGAUCAAAGCUCCCCAAUGGAAGUUUUACAGGAAUGAUGGGAAUGAUGCAACGGAAUGAAGCGAAUAUUUCUGUCGGACCUACCACCGCUGGAUAUGAUCGUCAGCAGGUUGUGCAGUUCACUAACACGCUCCUAGUGGACAGCUAUGGAAUACUCACUGGACGACCUUCGACCUCUACUGAUUCGUUUGGAUAUUUGCUAGCUCUAGAAUGGAAGAAAACUACUGAAGUAUUUUUUUCAGGAGUUUCAAAAGUUCCUGUAAGUGUAUCGGGGAAACUAUUGAUCUCUGUUUGGCUUGUUGCUGUCGUCGUCAUUAUGGCCUCUUUCGGGGGUCAUCUCCAAUCCUCGCUUGUAAUAAAGAACAAAGGAGAGCGUAUUGAUAAGCUGGAAGACGUCCUGAAAUUUUCUGAUGUUCCCAUUUUUAUAGAAGGUGGUAGCGCAAGUGAAAUUCUUCUUCAGCAUAGCAAGAAUAAGAUAUUCAAAGCUAUUUGGCAGAGAAUCAUUGCACAACCAAACUCCAGACUACCGUGGAGGGAUCUCAUCUCGGAUGAAAACUUAGACAAAGUGGAGUCUGGGAGGCUUAUCAUCAUUGCCUCACAACUAGGUAUAAUAGGAGUUCUGAAUGAACGGUUUUCUAGUGGAAAGUCUUGUCAUUUUCAUGUAGCAAGUGAAACAUUUCUUUCCAAGUUCAUGGUGAUUGCUGUUAAUAAGAACGUCCCUGGAUAUAUGAUGGAAAACUUAAAUCAAAGGCUGGGCCAUUUCACACAGAGUGGUAUUUUCCAAAAAGAGGUUGAAAAAGUCACUCAAAAUGCCACCAGGUGCAUUCAAGGAUUAUCGCCACAGGUGAUGUUGCAUUCUCAGAGUUUGAAUGAUCUGAAAGGAGUAUUUUUAUUAUGG